AUGGCAGGCACCAAGAAGAGAGGCCUAGAUGAGCAAGCUUUGGGCAAGAAUAAUAAACGAUUAAGAGUUACUAAGGAAUCGUCAAAAACAUUCGAAUUAAUCGAAAGUUCAAAUAAUAGCAAUUUACAUAAAGAGCUGAAGACUGAUCUCCAGCUACCACAUGAUAUUCAGUUUCUUUCUCCGCUAGAUAUAUCUUUCUUUCGCCCAAUAUUAAAGAAAGAGGAGGCAGCUACAAGCGAUGAAGUCAAUCAAAAGGAUGCAAGUAAAGAUAUAAGUUCUGAAGAGAUACGCUUCUUGAAGAUAUUCUUAAGAAUCAAAAAUGGAAAGCAAGCUACGAGAAAGCUUGCUUGGAAGAAUUUACAUUCGUUUUUGACUAAUAAUUUACAAUUAGAGAAAUUAAACUUGAUAAUAACAAUUAUGGUUAACUACCUCUUAUCCAACAAUGUCACAGAUCUGGAUCGUCAUACAACCUUAAAAAUGCUAACAAAGAUAUUGUUUAUCUUAAAUGCCAAUAUUAAACCGUUUACCGGUGAUAUCUUAGAUAUUUUAGCACCGUUACUUCUGAAUAAGGAUAAAUAUAUUGAGUCAAUGGUUGUUGAGAUAUUAAAGACGUUAUCUAUAAAUGUAGGUACGUCGACAAUAAUUAAAAUCAUUAAAGAUGAUUUUGAAGAGAAUGAUGAGGUUUUACGAUUGAAUGCUUCCAAGAUUAUGGCUAUAUUAACUUUAACAAUGCCAUCAAAUUCUAACGAUUCAAACUUAUCAACUUUAUUACCUUUAAUAAACACAAUCGCAAACUCUCAAGAUUCUUGGAAAGCGAGACAAUCUGGAAUUCGAAUAAUUCAAUAUGUAUUAAAGUUUAAUAAUAGUUCCACAAGCUUAUUACCAAAUUUGAAUGCCAUAAUUGAAUGCUUCUAUAAAAAUUUACAAGACUCUCAUAUACAAAAUAGAAUUUUGUCAGCCAACACAUUAUCCAUUCUAGCAAAAAAUUGUUACCCCUACGGAAUUGAAUCAUUUAACCCAGUAUUGGAAUUGAUAUGGAAGGGAAUAAGAAAUUACCGUGGCAAGCUUCUGUCAUCUUUUUUGAGAUGUUUAGCAAAUAUAAUACCAUUAAUGGACAGUUCUUACUCUUCAUUUUAUUCAAAACAGCUGAUUUUAAUUAUUAAGCGUGAAUUAAAUACCCCAGAUGAUGAUAUGAAAAUGACCAUCUUAUUGUUACUUCAAAAUUUAAUUCCAAUUUCUAAUAUUACUCAGGAUAUAUUAUUAGAUGAUAUUUUGCCACAAUUUUUUGAGUUUUUUUGGAUAAGAAGAAUUUCAUUAGACAAAACUUUAGUAAAUCUGGUAAUAUAUUCAACUGUUAAACUAGCAACAAAAAUUGAUCCUCAAAUAAUUUUGGAAAAUUUACUAUUACCAAUGCGUGAUGACUCCGAAUCUUUGAGAAUUAUGUCAAUUAGAGCAAUGAAUAAAGUUUUAAGAUUGGAUUUAAAUAGUUCUUUAAAUGAAAGACUACGAACUAGAAUGAUUGAUACUCUUUUAAUUGCUUUCCAAGAUCAGACCUUAAAUAAUGAUCGAUCAAUUUUUAAUUGCUUUAAAACUGUUUGCAAAUGCUUGAAGAAGGAUAUUCAGCCUUUUUUACCCCCGAUUAUUAGUAUUAUUCUAAACAAUUUGAAACAUAAAAACCCUCAAAAUCGUCAAAAUUCAGCAGACCUAUGCACUAUUUUAAUACCUUCAAUUAAAAUAUGUGAGGAAUUUCAAACUUUGAAUAAGCUAUCAGUCAUAUUAUUUGAGUCAUUAAAUGAAAUUUAUCCAGAUACUUUAGGCUCAAUUAUUAUAGCUCUCAAUGAAAUGGUUAUCUGUAAUACAAUGAAUACCGAACCCCCUGUUUCAACAAUAUUGCCGACUUUAACUUCAAUAUUAAGAAACUCUCAUGUUAAAGUUCAAUUGAAUACUAUAAGGAUAAUUUCAAAUAUUGCUCAGCUUUCACCAGAUACUAUUCCACAUAAAGAGUGGCUGAGAAUUUGUUUUCAAUUGCUAGACCUGCUUAAAAGCGUUAAUAAGAAAAUCCGAGUAUUAGCUAAUGAUACGUUUGGUUAUAUUGCAAAGGCAAUUGGCCCACAGGAUAUUUUGCCUGCUUUAUUAGAUAAUUUAAAUUUACAAGAACGUCAAUUACGUGUUUGUACCGCUGUUGCAUUAGGUAUUAUUGCGAAGGUUUGUGGCCCGUAUACCGUGCUACCUGCAUUAAUGAAUGAAUAUAGAACGCCAGAAACUAAUGUUCAAAAUGGUAUUUUAAAAUCACUAUCCUUCAUGUUUGAAUAUAUUGGACCAGAUUUAACCUCUGAUUAUAUUUACUUUAUUAUUCCCCUGUUAGAGGAUGCAUUAAUUGAUAGAGAUUUAGUUCAUAGGCAAACAGCCUCCGAAGUAAUCAAACAUCUAUCUCUAAAUUGUAUUGGAAAGUCAACUGAAUCUGCUUUUAUACAUUUUUUGAAUUUGUUAUUACCAAAUAUAUAUGAAACGUCACCCCAUGCCAUUAUGCGUAUUUUUGAUGCAUUAGAAUCUUUAUGCUUUACUAUUGGACCUGGAAUAUUUAUGAACUAUAUUUGGGCAGGCAUCUUCCAUCCUGCAAAAUCAGUUAGAGCAUGCUUUUGGAGAUUAUAUAAUAGAUUAUAUAUUCAGAAUAUGCAUUCACUAAUAGCAUAUUAUCCAACUGAAAACUUAAUUCAACCACCAUCCGAUAAUUCAGACCAGGUACAGGAAAUAUGUUUUGAUGAACUAAAUAUUGUACUAUAA